AUGGAUCCUAGGCUCUCCAAAGUCAUCCAGUACGAAGAUGUCAUCUCUCUCCGGGCCUUGUUAGCCGAAGAUCCGCUGAUUCUGGAAAAAGCCGUGCUGGGACCAAUGGCAGAGACUCCUCUUCAUGUGGCUGUGCUUGCUGGGAAUAGCGAACUCGUGAAGGAGAUUGUUAGCAGGAAGCCCAAUUUUGCGAGGGAAUUGAACCACGAUGGCUUCACACCAUUACACAUUGUGUCGGCCAUGGGGAACCUGGAAGUCAUGAGGGAGCUUCUAACGCUAGGCCCUGAUCUUUGCAUGAUCAAUGACAAAGACGGCCGGAUGCCGCUCCACUAUGCGGCCAUCAAGGGCAGGGUCAAGGUAAUUGAGGAGUUACUCUCUAAGUGUCCUCAAGCCCUCAAGGAACGCACUGCUCGCGGCGAGACCGCGCUUCACCUGGCUGUGAAGAACAGUCAGUUCGAUGCGCUCAAGAAGCUGGUGGAAAAUGUCAGUGAAGAUGGAGAUGCAGACAACCUUGUGACUGCCGUGGACAAUGAUGGGAACACAAUCUCACAGCUGGCUGUGGCUUCGAAACAGCUCCAGAUCCUUGACUUCCUGAAGAAGCAAAACAUGGUGGGCAAAGACACUAUCGAUGUUGUUUCAGUUGAUCAGCUCGAUGAACAAACUAAUGCCAAGCCUCAAGCAAAAUGA